UCCAUAUAAAUGCGUCGAUGAAAUAUUGCGCGAAGACACUCUUUAAGCGUGUCCAACAAGGAGAAACCACUUUUUUUUCCCGCCGUGCGCGCUGCAUCAUCGAGAACUUUUAAGCAUUUCUUCCCGAGAUCCACCUGUCCGAUGUCUCCCGCUGCCGUGGGGGCAAACACAGGUGGGUGCCAGGUAAAUGUCGCGGUAUUGACAGAGCGGCAUUGAUUUACGCGCUGUUCAAUUCACCGAACAACCCCACACGCUGCAGAAUAUCCUGGAAACUAAAGGGCUACAGGUCUGCAAACAGUGAAACCAAUGGCUUUGGUGCUGCACAGUCACAUGGUGCCAAAGUGACACACCUGUGUAGGAGCCGCAAGGGCCCCGCAGUUGCGCCAGAGACAGGUAGAGCAGUACAGGUCCACGCCGAGGAAAGGCGCAUGCACGGUAUACGGUACCUGUGCGUGUCCUCGGAAGCCAUGAAUCGGGAAGAUCACUAUUACCCUUCUCGGGUUUUCAAGGACUCCUGUGCCUACCAGAGAUCUCAGGUGGAGGACUACAGCCACAGCCCUCCGCCCUGCCUCUACAUGAGCAGGCAGGUCCACUCGGUCUACGCAACGCCGCCCGUGGGAGCCUUGGAACAGGCCAGCCUUCCCGACAUUGCGCCCGCGUACGGUCUACCCAUGCGGGAGGAUCCGGGUGUGCCUCAGCUCUACCACCCGCACGGGCUCCAGCAGGAGCCCCUCCCGCCAGCUGCGGGCUACGGAGACACGGGGGAGCAGGGCAGAUAUCACCUUCCUUUCCCCUGGAUGAAAACCACCAAGUCUCACUCGCACACCUGGAAGGGGCAGUGGUCAGGACCGUACGUGAUGGCGGAGUCCGAGGAAAACAAACGCACGAGGACGGCCUACACGCGCGCCCAGCUGCUGGAGCUGGAGAAGGAGUUCCUGUUCAACCGAUACAUCUCCAGGCCGCGGCGCGUGGAGCUGGCGCUCACCCUGAGCCUCACCGAGCGUCACAUCAAGAUCUGGUUCCAGAACCGGCGCAUGAAGUGGAAGAAGGAGGAAGACCGGAGGAAGGUGAGGGGGUCGGAACCCGACCAGGACUCCUCCAUCACCUCCGGAGACCAGGGGGAGGCCGCGGGAGGGGUGACCUCCACGAACGGACCUCACACCACCUCGCCUCCCGUUUCCCCGCUCCACGGACACCCCCUGUCCGCCCCCGGGUCCAGGGAGCCCGCAUAGUCCCGCAACGGGUUCAGACUUUAAUGCAGGGAUCUUUUUUUUCGUUUUUUGGCAAUUCAAAGAGAAAGAGACUGACCUCCAUAUUGAGAUGAAUCCGAUCCUCCAUUAGGGCGAGAAGGGAGAGCCUAUAUAGUUAUUUAAAUAAAGUGCUCAUUCUCAUGGACCCUCGAACUUUCUCAAGGACCACCGUGGUCCUCUCGUUGGAUACCACUGUCGGUCGACUUAAGGGACAUAUGCUCAUGCCUCGGCUGUGAGGUGUUUUGGGCACGAUGGCAUUCUGAGACAACCUUAAUUAUUCAAGGACCAACUAGCCC